GACUACGGCCUGGCCCAGGACCGCCAUCGCGUGUUUCUUCGUGGGCUGAGGACAAGGGGUUCGAAGAUUCCGAUGCCACUUCCACCGUUUGGUGAAAGGAAGCUCGUAGAUUUCCUGGCCCGCGGCCUGCCGCCGACGCCCCGGGACUCCCUCACGGAUCAGAUGAGGAAGAAUCUUUCUGAGUACGAGCGUAGCGGAGAGGUCGUCGACGACGACGUGGUUUGCUUCGGCCUCGAUCGCCGCUUGGCCAGCGUGUAUGCUGCGCCGAUUACGCACAAUUGCGCACCAUGUCUCACGACAAAGAACAGGUAUCUUUUCGUGGUGCGCAUCGGUGACCUUUCAUUGCCAUACGGGCAGCGCACCAUGUGCCGCUGGCUCACGCCUGCGGAGAGGUUCGGCCUCCAGGGUUUUGCGCCGAACACUGUGCAGCAUUUGUCAAGCGAGGGUCUCGCCGUCCAGGCCGCGGGCAAUGCGUGCCCAGUCCCGUUGGUGAUCGCUGCGGUCCAGCCUAUGCUCCAGCAUCUCGCCUCUGGCGGCGACGGCGCUGGGCACGGCAAUAUCCCUGCUCGGCAGCCCGAGCCACUGUCCACCGCCGAGCGGGUUGCUCACCGUCUGGCCCCCCCCUCGGACGCCCGGAGGAGCCCUCCGAAGAAGGCCGGGAAGGGCCCAGGGCGCGGCGAGCGCACUCUUGACAUGUUUUUCUCGCCAGUUGGCGACGGCGCUUCUCAGUAG